GAUGGGUGAGUAAGACUGGGAAAUUGGUGUAUCAGUGGCGUCGUCCACACAGGCAAUAUUUUACUGCGGCAUCAAAACAGUUCUUCUCCACCAAGCGCGAGCUCACAAGAAGAGUCUCUGCAUAUGAAAACAUGAAUCUCUAAGCGCCAUCAGUGUGAGAAGGCAAAGGGAUUAUCAGGAACGUAAUUUAUGAGAAUUAUUGCAUUUUAGAUUGUUAUGGAAGUGCAAACGAUUUUCCAACCAAACCUUCUUUUCUGAAGAACCAAUUAUCCAAGAAAACUAUCUGCAGAAGAUCUUCAAGAUUGCGUUUUCACGACGAAGCGUCAAAACAACCUCACGUUGAAGAUGAGCAUCCAAAACAACAGUUAUUUAGACAGACUUGAAAUCAACAAAGACUUGGGUGCUGGUGAAAAACCUUUAUUUGGCAUAGGCACCGACAACUUCGUCACGCUUUUGAUCUUUGGACUUAUUUUUAUUCUAGGCGUCCUGGGAAACUCUCUGGUUAUUACUGUUCUGGCUCAACGCAAACCUGGACAACACCGAAGCACCACCAACAUAUUCAUCCUCAAUCUCAGUGUUGCAGAUCUGUCCUAUCUGCUCUUCUGCAUCCCCUUUCAGUCAACAGUUUAUAUGCUGCCCACGUGGAACCUGGGUGCCUUUAUUUGCAAGUUUAUCCACUACUUUUUCACCGUGUCUAUGUUGGUGAGCAUUUUCACUUUAUCAGCCAUGUCGGUAGACAGGUAUAUCGCCAUAGUGCACUGCAGAAAGUCCUCUUACAUUCGAGUUGGGAGGCAUGCACUGAUCGGGGUGUUGGUCAUAUGGGUGCUCUCUUUCGCCAUGGCUACACCAGUUGCCUACUACCAGGGUAUCGUGGAAAGUGAGGACAACAGCACGUUUUGCUGGGAAGUUUGGCCAGACCACAACAGGAGGAAAAUCUAUGUGGUGUGCACCUUCGUCUUUGGAUACGUGCUACCGCUGAUUCUGAUAUCUUUCUGUUAUGCCAAGGUCCUGAAUCAUUUGCAUAAAAAGUUAAGAAAUGUCUCCAAAAAGUCUGAGGCAUCAAAAAAGAAGACUGCUCAGACAAUUCUGGUGGUUGUGGUGGUCUUUUGCCUGUCCUGGCUGCCUCAUCACGUGGUGCACCUGUGGGUCGAGUUUGGCUCCUUCCCCCUGAACCAGGCAUCCUUUGUGCUCCGUGUGGCGGCUCAUUGUCUGGCCUACAGCAACUCAUCUGUUAAUCCUGUUAUCUAUGCGUUCCUCUCAGAGAACUUCAGGCAGGCCUAUAAGCAGGUGUUCCGUUGUCAGGUGUCUUUUGAGUGCCCUACGAAUGAGACCAGAGAGAUGAAGAGCAAGAUAGAGCCAGCACCGUCCACCAACUGCACCACUGUGUAAUUCCUGCAGCUGUUAUGUUUGUCAUAAUUUAUGAUGGCUUACAGAUGCUCAGAAAUGACUUGAAGUCAGUGUAAAGUCAAUUCUGAGAAUUGUUUCUAAACGCGUUAUAAAUGUUAGAAAUGCAUUGUGGAAACAUGUUACAAAGACUGUGAACUAUGUAGUACUAAAUUGUGGAGUUAAACAGUUAAAAAGGUUUUAACCAUUUUUGUGUCCAGGAUUUUUUAGGCAGGACUUAAAUCCUGACUUGAUAACGAAACGGAGUCAAUGAUCAUGGCCCCUCCCCUAACUAUAAGACAUGUGUUCGACUUGAAGUAGCACUGCGCAGAUCGAUCGGUGUGUGACAUUAAAGUACAGAUCUAUAGAGAACAGACAGCUCCUCGUGCUUUCAAAUCCCUCUUGUGUUAUACACUGAGCAUUCCUCACAGCCCUGCUUUAAGUCCAACACUCCUAAUAAAUACAGUGCAGUGGUUUGCCUGAUUAAUCAUGAGCUCCUGCCAUUCGUUACUACAGCCUAGAGGUUGCUAGCUAGCUAUGCCUUCGCCACGUAAAUGCAUAAUACCUGGUUGCAAUAAUUUACAAACCGCUCGGUCUCCUCAUUUAAAUGAGCUGCAGAGUAAGACAGUUGAGAGAGACGGCAGCUUUUCUGCGAGUGGGCGUGGUUUCAGUGCAGCCAGCGGACACGCCCCCAGUGUUUGAGAGCAGAUAAUACGGCUUAUUUUUUCAAGAUUUUGAUAGUUUCUAGCUUGAUAGAUUUUAUUAACUUGACUUUUUUUUUUGCUUUCAAAUAUGGCUGUGUGUUUAAUAACACAUUUUUUUUUUCCAGUGGUGUGAUAAACUCAGAACAUACAUUUAAUAUUGACUUUACACUGACUUUAUUAAAGUUACUUGAGUUUUUAACCUCGGGAGAAGGAAGGAAGCUUGUUUCGAAUAGCAUGGCUGAAUGUUGGGCAAUGUAUUUGUUAUAUGAUUGGAGGUUUGGAUGGUUGCCUUACUUUUGAAAUGAAAAAAAAAAAAAACGAAUUUGUUGUGUGCUUACUCAUGAUGAUGCAUUUCCUUGGACUGCAAUCGAGCAUUUGCUGUGAAGCCAUAAUGAUGUAUGGCCUUUUAAUAUGUGAAAUCCAA